AAGACCCGAGGUGGAUUCUCGGGGUAGACACUCCAAUGCUUAAGUCAGCAAUAAUCAAAGCUACCAAUUAUGGAGUGCCUUCAAGGGGAUGUCCACGUGUUGGAUCCUCCAAGAAAUCAGGGGGACAGGUGUCGAACGUCGCAGGUGCUUCCCAUGAGAGACUGGUGCGUACGGAAUUGCUGUGGAGCAAGAGCAGAGGGGACGAGCUCGAGUGCGAUCGAGCUCGUCGCCCUUCAACUAGAUCGAGGCGGCUAGGUAGAGGUUGCUCCGACUGCAGUUGCGCACCACGGAAGGCUGCGAGGUGCGUGACUUUGGACUGCGCCUCUGGCCUCAUCUCACGACCUCCGUCGUCAUACUUCUGUUGUCUCAUGACCUCUGUCGUCACAUCUCUGCUAUCUCAUGACCUCUGUCGUCACACCUCUGCUAUCUCAUGACCUCUGUCGUCACACCUCUGCUAUCUCAUGACCUCUGUCGUCACACCUCUGCUAUCUCAUGACCUCUGUCUACCACCACUACAUAUAGAAAUUUGAUUUAUUCUAUGUUUUUCUUUCUUUUUCUAACUUUUGUUGACGGUGCCAGUGUUCAUCUUUUUGCUUUUCAAAUAUCAUCUAGUGGUACCUAUUAAGUUAACAGAAUUUGUCAUAACAAAUUAAUCAUUAGUGAGGCAAAUAAUGAACAUGGAUGUUCUAU